AUGAGAGGAACUAAACGUCUUGCUUCUUCUGAUUCCGCUCCUAUCUUCAAUUCUAACGACUCUUUUAUGCAGAGCAAGAGAGUAAUAAUGGGGUCACCGUUUGAUGCACAGAGGUCAGAAACGUCAAUUCAGCCGAAGCAGCUGCCGCCAUUGGAUAUGCAGAGGGCUGAAUCAUCAAGACAGCAUGUGAGAGCUCUUAAUACCCAAUUUGCAAGCUGGGUGCAAACUCAGUUACAAGACCAUCCGGAUGAGCUGUGGGAUGAUGGUGUGCAGGACUAUCUAAACCAUGCUAAAAACGUUGUGGAGAAAUUUAGUGACGUAGUCAACUGGCUGAAAGCAAAUGCUGGAAAAGGAGAGAGUUUAUCAGAGUUGGGUUCUCAUGAUGCUCAAAAGAAACCUGGUUUUGAAGUUGGAAGCAAGGAAAACAAUAAUAAGUUAUUACUGGACAAACCCAUGUUUCCUCCCGCUGCCACAACAACAAACUUUGGAAUGUCGUGGAGCUCAGGACUGCUCUUGAGCGAUAACAAGCCUCUCACUUUUGGAGGAAGCCAAGUUUCAGUUCCUGAAAAUCAAAAUUCAGUUCUCCCAAACCAUGAUGCUUCAAAUGAUGGAGAUGCUGAAGAAGAUGCUGAGCAGCCCAGCAGCCCCUCUGUGAAAAAGAGCGAAGAGAAGGGAAUUAAUGUAGUACACGAGGUCAAAUGCAAACUUUAUGUGAAGUCCAGUGAUCCAGCAGACAAAGAUGCUUGGAAAGACAAAGGCACGGGUCAACUUUGUAUCAAAUGUAAGGAAGGCGUGAGCAAGGGAACCAGAGAAUCUAAGCCAACCAUCGUUAUACGAAAUGAUGUCGGGAAAGUGUUGCUCAAUGCAUUGUUAUAUCCAGGCAUCAAGACAAAUAUGCAAAAGAAUGCAGUUGUUGCAAUAUUUCAUACGAGCGAUGGCGAUAACAACGAAGUUGUUGCACGGACCUUCUUGAUGAGAACUAAGACUGAGGAUGAUCGGAAUCAAUUGGCAGCUAUCAUACAGGAAUACGCCCCUAGUGCCUGA